CUGCACCUGCUUUUUAGUCCUUUUGUCCUCUAGUGUCACUGUGAUUGCUAAUGUGCUACAACUCAAUGCAAAGAUCGAGACAAUAUAGUACCCCCUCCCCCUCACUUUCCUUCUCCCCAGCAGCUUCCUCCCUUUCCCUCCUUGUUUCUCUGUCUCUCAUCUCCUAGCUAUGUGUAUUCACAACACGAACCUGCCCUACCAAGAAUAAAACACCCAGAGAGAGGGAGCAAAUGGUAUCCAAGGCAGUGGAACCAGGAGAGAGCGCAAGCACAGCACCAGGAAAGCUGCUGCUAGUUUCAGUGGCACCAAAGACAGCGGAGUCGCCGGACCCAUCAGGGAUGAGAACACCGCCGUUCCAUACAACGGCGGCUGUGCCGUUCCGGUGGGAGGAAGAGCCGGGCAAGCCGAGGCCCUGCAGUGCACUGGCCAUAGUCCCGAGCCCUGGGCCUGGUGAGCCGUACUCGGCCACCAGGACGUGCUUGGAACUGCCUCCUAGGCUGCUGAGCGAGGCCAUAAUAGCCAAGAUGCCAACACCUGCCGGUGGGCAGCAGACGUCAUCGUUCAGGAUGGGAGGGGAGUGCUAUGGAUCGUUCCGGAGUUACGUGGUUGCGGAAAGAGCGGGCGACGGCGACGAUGAGGAGGGCAUUGAUGUGGGUGCGACAAGAGAGGGUGUCCUAGUGAGGAGCAAGCCAAGUGAGUGGCGGUGGUGGUGGUUUGGUGGGUCUUCUGGGAGAAGGAAGAAGAGGGAGAUGGGCGGGAGCAGCUAUGUGUUCCCUUCAUUUUCAUGUAAUUACGUGGUGGGCGGAGAGAGCAGUGAGUUGAGGAGUGAAUGCAGGAGCAGCACCAACAUGAGGAGGCCAGGGAGCUUCCCUCUCCUCUCUUACUCGUCACACUCUCAUUUCAGCUGGGCAACUCUGUACGGAGGAUUGAAGGAGGCGAUACCUUGGAGGAGGAGGAGUAGGAAAGCGGGGAAGAUGCGAUCGUGAAUCGUCAUAUGUGUCCCGACAUUUCGCUACUGCCACGUCUCCAUCAUCUCCCUGUCAUCCCGAUACCAGCCAGUUGUUUGCACAUUUGAUAAGGCCUCUCUUGGCCGCUUUAGCUGCGAGCGUGUUAGUCGUGUACAAACAGAAGCAGCGCCUCUUUGGUUGCGACAUUGUUGUCUUGUCAUGAUCAAUAACAGCAUGUCUACAGGAUCACCGAGAGAAUCCACCCUGUGAAACUAGUGGUUUUAAGAUGCGUAUAAUACUGGUUCAAGCCCAUGGUUGUGCCUUUAAUUGACCAUAUCGGUUCAAAGUCUAUCUAUGCUUUACAUGCGCAUUUUACAUUACUUUUCA